AAAACAAGGACCGUAUGAAUACAAGCCUGAAGCGAUCAAUCUGACCAGAAUUUUCAAUACAAACAGAUGCACUCUUGACUUCUUUUAGUUUUCCAAAUCAAAAUUCAAAAUGAAAAUCAGUUUUUGCAAACCCGACAACUACUACAUCAUUGUGUGAAACGAACAGAUUCCAUUCAUGCACUAACUCUUUCAACUUUUUUUUUUCCUUUCAUGUUCAAAAGUACAUCCUUUUUGUUUGUUGAAUUAUCGUUCUAUAUAGCUUUAAACUACCAAACUUUAAAGUUUAGCCCAAAAAUGAUAAAGCAGAGAUGUUGUUUUAAUUUGAUAGGCUGUUCAAAUCAAAAGGGCGAGGGCAAUGAUGCGAGCGAAGCGUUCGACGAGUAUUCUGUCCCCAUGGUUUUAAGUCCCCAAAGAGAAGAAAAAUAGCAAGUCAAGGAAUUCUGGGAAAGUUGAAGAAGAACAGAGAAUCAAAUCAGAAUGGAAGUGUUUAGCCCUGAGAGAAGGAUUAAGCAUUACAGCAGCUAUCAGAAGAUACUCUUAGUGGGAGAAGGUGACUUCUCUUUUUCUGUUUGCUUAGCCAGAGCUUUUGGCUUGGCUGACAACAUGGUUGCGACUUCUCUUGACUCCAGAGAGUCUUUGAUGCUGAAGUAUUCAGAAGCGAUAAGCAAUGUGGAGGAAUUAGAGGCCAGGGGAUGCAUAGUAUUGCAUAAGGUAGAUGUCAACAGAAUGAGCCAACACCAUUUGUUGAUUAGCGUACGCUUUGAUCGCAUAAUCUAUAAUUUUCCUCACGCUGGUUACGUGUACGGUCCCUUUUGUUCUGAAUCGUCCCAAAUUUGGUUUCAUCAGGAUUUGGUUUGGCGAUUCUUCAAGAAUGCAUGCGAAAUGCUGACCGUGGUAGGAGAGAUUCAUGUAACACACAAGACAACAUUUCCUUUCAGUAAAUGGAAAAUUGUGAAGUUAGCACAAGAGGUUGGGUUACGUCUGGUUGACAAAGAACAGUUCUCACCGUGGGAUUAUCCAGGUUAUGAAAAUAAAAAAGGAGUUGGGAUGUGUGAUGAGACUUUUCCUGUUGGAAUGUCAAGCACCUUCAUCUUUGCCAAGCGCUCUGCUGCCAGUUUCCACCCCGGUGCUUUGUGCAUUAGUUUAUGGUCAGCUGACAUAGUAGAUAUGGCUUGCACUUAUUUAGAGAGCUUGGAGAGGAAGAAGCCAAAGCAUGGCCACAAGAAUUUGAGAUCUCCAUCUCGACCCAGAAAAAAGAACAAGAAUUUGAGAUCUCCAUAUCAUUAUUAAUGCAUGUCUAAGGGAAAGGUCAAAUGUAAAAUAACAAAUUGAAAUUUGAUUGCUUACAUGGCAAUUUAACAUAUACCACAUUUAUUGAUUACAUUGCUAACCAACUCUCUCAUACAUGUGAGUCUUACAUACACUUUUUCCUUCCAUCAAAUGUGUCUUGUGCAUUAGUAAAACCUCUGCAUCAGUGGAAAACCUCUGUCUUCGGGCACUUACAUCAGAAGAAAGCUCAUCUUAUGGCUCGGCUUACUGGGAUCCAGAAGACUCUGUGCAAUGGUCCUAAUGGUUACUUGCAUAAGCUUGAGGGUAAACUCAUGCAAGAGUUCAAUCUCAUCCUUGACCAAGAAGCUUUG